CGCUCGCUGUGAGCCGUGCGUGCAGUGCCGGGCGGAGGCUGCGGGCGCCGCUGUUCACCACGGAGGAGAGGAGAGGAAGGAGCGGAGCGCUGCAGCCAGCCCCUCCCGCUGCGACCCGGCUCGCUCGCUCUCUCGCUGUAUCGGCGGCCGUGCGGGCUGAGAGCGGCCCCGCAGUGCAGAGCCGUGGUGCAACGAGGCGGAGGAGCCGGCGAGAGCGGGCCGCGGCGGGGCCGGAGCCGGAAAAAGAAAACGAAGCGGGAGCGACAAACUGAUCCGGAGCCAGAGGAGAAGAGUAGGGGCGGCGGCGGGGAGCUCUCGGCGAGCGUCCGGUGGUGGCAGGGCCGUGGCGGAGAUGUGGACUGCGAGAGAAGGGCGCUGGGGCCGGAGGAAGCGAGCGCUGCUGUGUUGCGUGUUGGUGGCAGCGUGGGAGGCGGCGUGGGGGCAGUUGCGCUACUCGGUGCCCGAGGAGCUGCCCAAGGGCUCUUUCGUGGGCGACGUGGCCAAGGACCUGGCGCUGCAGCUGGCAACGAUCCGCGACCGCGGCGCCUGUAUCCUGGACCGAGGUAGAACGCGGUAUUUUGCUCUGCAUGCGAACAGCGGCCACCUGAUGACGGCGGAGAGGCUAGAUAGAGAGCAGCUGUGCGAGGGCGUGCAGCGAUGCGUGCUGCGCUGUGAGGUGAUCGUGGAGGGCGAGAUGAAGGUUUACGAGAUCGAAGUGGAAAUAACAGACAUUAACGAUAACGCCCCCACGUUCGGAGAAGCAGAAAAGGAACUGAGAAUGAGCGAGAUAACUGCCCCUGGGUCCCGGUUUUCCCUCUCUAAGGCUCACGACCCGGACGUGGGAGUGAAUUCCCUGCAGAGCUACGAGCUGAGCAGUGACGAGCACUUCUCGCUGUCCGUGCAGGUGGGAGCCGACGGCGAGAAGCGUCCCGAGCUGGUGCUGGCCAAGGCGCUGGACCGGGAGGAGGCGGCGUUUCACGAGCUGGUACUGAGGGCGAGCGACGGCGGCGAGCCGGCACGGACGGGCACGGCGCGCAUCCGCGUGUCAGUGCUGGACGCCAACGACAACGCGCCCGUGUUCAGCCAGGCGGUGUACGCGGUGCGCGUGCCCGAGGACGUGCCCGUGGGCUCCACCCUGCUCACCCUCACGGCCACCGACGCCGACGAAGGAAUCAACGCUAACGUGAAAUACUCCUUUAAAGAAAUUUCCACGAAAGCUUCGAAGGUACUUGACCUGGAUCCCGAGACGGGAUUGAUCAGACUGGUGAGGAGCCUGGACUUCGAGGAAGGUGACUCCUACGAAAUGGAGGCUCAGGUACAAGACGGCGGCGGCCUUUUCGACACAGCUACAAUCUCCAUCUCGGUGACCGACGUAAAUGAUAACGCGCCCCAGUUGACUGUGUCGUCGGCGCUGAGCGAGAUCUCGGAGGACGCGCCGCCGGGGACGGUGGUGGCCCUGCUGCACGUGCAAGACCGCGACUCGGGCGCCAACGGCGAGGUGCGGUGCUCGCUGGUCGGCGACGUGCCGUUCCGUCUGCGGAGCUCGGUGGGCAGCUACUACAGCGUGGUGACGGCGCGGGAGCUGGACCGGGAGGAGGUGUCGGAGUACAACGUGACGGUGUGGGCGUCGGACGGUGGGUCGCCGUCGCUGCAGAGCAGCGCGGUGCUGGUGCUGCGCGUGCUGGACGUGAACGACAACGCGCCGGUGUUCGCGGAGGCGCGCUACAGCGCCCGUCUGCCCGAGAACAACGCCGAGGGCGCGCUGGUGCUGACGGUGCGGGCGUGGGACGCGGACUGGGGGCAGAACGCGCGCGUGCGCUACCGGCUGGCGGAGGGGCGCGUGCGGGGCGCGCCGCUGUCGUCCUACGUGUCGGUGCAGGCGGAGACGGGCGCGCUGUACGCGCUGCGCUCGUUCGACUACGAGGAGGUGCGCGAGGUGGGGCUGUGGGUGCGGGCGGAGGACGGCGGCGCGCCGGCGCUGAGCAGCAACGUGUCGGUGCGGCUGCUGAUCGUGGACGAGAACGACAACGCGCCGCAGGUGCUGUACCCGCCGGCGGCGUCGGCGGCGGCGGGCGCGGGCUGGACGGGCGUGGAGCUGGCGCCGCGCUCGGCGGAGCCCGGCGCGCUGGUGGCCAAGGUGGUGGCGGUGGACGCGGACGCGGGGCAGAACGCGUGGCUGUCCUACGAGCUGGCCAAGGCGACGGAGCCGGGGCUGUUCCGCGUGGGGCUGCACAGCGGCGAGGUGCGCACGGCGCGCUCGCCGCUGGCCCGCGACGCGCCCAGGCACAGCCUGGUGGUGGUGGUGAAGGACCAGGGCCGGCCGGCGCUGUCGGCCACGGCCACGCUGACGGUGGUGCUGGCCGAGAGCGUGGCCGAGCUGCUGUCGGAGCUGGGCAGCGCGGCGGCGCCGGCCGAGCCCGGCGGCAGCCUGACGCGCUGGCUGGUGCUGGCCGUGGCGGCCGUGUCGUGCCUCUUCGUCGCCUUCCUGCUGCUGCUGCUGGCGCUGCGCCUGCGGCGCUGGCGCCGCUCGCAGCUGCUGCCGCCGGCCAGCGGCGCCUUGCGCGGCGUGCCGGCCUCGCACUUCGUGGGCAUCGACGGCGUCCGCGCCUUCCUGCACUCCUACUCGCACGAGGUGUCGCUCACGGCCGACUCGCGCAAGAGCCAGCGGCGCUGGGCGGCCGACAGCUGCUGCAACACGCUCCCGGCGCGGCCGCCGCCCGACAAGGCCGCGCCGCUGCUCGGGGAAGACGCUGCCGGCGCCCGCGGCGCCCCGCCCGACGCCCUCCCGGUGAGUCAGUCGCUCCGGACACCCCGACGCCCUCCGUCUCGGCGCUUGCCUCCCUUCCUGCUCCUUGCCUUUCCUUCCCUGCUCUCCUUCCCGGCCGGGGAGGUUUGGUGCUGAGCAAGGCUCAGCUUCAUUAGGCAGUGGGUUUUGGGUAACUCUGAAAGGUAAUGUGGAAAGUCGAACAUGAGCGCGGGCUUUUGACGUCAGCUCUGCUGCACGUGAACUCCUAUUCCUGAAUGCGGAAAAGACCAUGCCGUCUUUCCUGUGAAUUUCUCUACCACAAUUUCUCUUUGAAUGCUUUUUUUGCUUGUCUGAUUUUAUCUUUUCCUAGUCUUUUGUCUACCUGGGUAGGCUGAGUUAUGAGUAACAGCAUAGCUGUGUUGAGGAAAUGUGAUAUGCUUUCAUGGGCCUCACUCUGUAGAGGGAAUAGGUGGAAUUUUCCUUUCCAUGUUAGAAUAUCUGGAAGGCAAGAUGCAUCUUUCCAUUAACCCAUUCAGCACUCAGUAUUCUCAGUAACAGCAAAUUCCAAUAGUGAAUUCUAAUAAUGAUUGAGAAUGCCUGUACAGUGUUUUAGUGGAUUGGGAUGGUCUUGAAACAAUAUUCAAGUACCUCAUGUUUCACUUAGCUGCUUUUCCUUUCUACUCUGUGCAACUGUUCUCUUGCUGCAUGAAGAUGGGUUGAGCAGAGAAAUGUCUUUAUAUUCUUCUGUGCUGCUGUUUCAGUGUGUGUGGUGGAAUAAUGGCCUGGGUAACGUGUCUUUUUAGGCUUUAAUUUGUGCUGCAUAAUAUUUGACUAGGAUUGAAAAUGUUGCAUGAAGCGUGAGAUUGGAUUCCUGUCCUAUGAUUUGAUUGUGAAUGGCAGUUUCUGUAGCAUGUUUGAUUUUAUAAUUUUGAGAAUGCCUGCAGCAUAAUUGACCAUUCGAUCCUGGUUUUGCUGCCCUGAAAGGCAACGCUAAUCCUCUGAUGUCAAAAUGUUCUUUACAAAAACUGUGUAUGCAGAGGUAUGAUUUCUUAGUAUAAUACUUCCUAAUAUCUUUGAAAAUUCUCAUUAGUCUACCCUAUCUGCAUUGGGGUGUAGCAUUUCUUCCUAGUUGUAAUUCCAUUUUUGAGCAUUUGUUUCAAUGAAGGUUGUGCUUCGUAUUUCUCAUUUUUGAGAGGACUUUUACAUUUGAAAAUGCAAAGUUUCUAUUGCAGCAAAUCCUUCUCUUCCUUGAGAAGGUCUUAUAAGCCAUCUGGAGACAAGAUGUUGCAUAUAAGGGAAACCAAUUGCUCACAAGACUUGUCAUGAGAAAAGGCCCCAUAGUAAGUCAUUUACAUUUAUAGUUUCAUUUUCAUUUGAUAUUAGCAGGGCACAGCAUGGAAGAACUGGUGAGAGCUGAUCAGCUUUUCUUACUAUGAUGUCUCCUACUGUACAGUGGAGAGGAAGACCUAAGAGCUAAGAAAUUUCUUGGUGCUCUAGGGAUGUGUUUUUCUGCAUGCAGAGAAGACAAGGUGUGUAGGUUGAUUUAUGAGUAACAGCACAGCUUUGUUGAGGAAUGUUAUAUGCUUUCAUGGGCCUCACUCUGUAGAGGGAAUAGGUGGAAUUUUCCUUUCCAUGUUAGAAUAUCUGGAAGGCAAGAUGCAUCUUUCCAUUAACCCAUUCAGCACUCACUAUUCUCAGUAACAGCAAAUUCCAAUAGUGAAUUCUAAUAAUGAAUGAGGAUGCCUGUACAGUGUUUUAGUGGAUUGGGAUGGUCUUAAAUCAGUAUUCAAGGACCUCAUGUUUCACUUAGCUGCUUUUCCUUUCUACUCUGUGCAACUGUUCUCUUGCUGCAUGAAGAUGGUUUGAGCAGAGAAAUGUCUUUAUAUUCUUCUGUGCUGCUGUUUCAGUGUGUGUGGUGGAAUAAUGGCCUGGGUAACAUGUCGUUUUAGGCUUUAAUUUGUGCUGCAUAAUAUUUGACUAGGUUUAAAAAUGUUGCUUGAAGUUUGAGAUCGGAUUCUUGUCCUAUUUUCUUGUUCCUUUUCUUUUUCACAUUUUUACUUUGUUUGUUGUCAAUGACAAAAUUCUGAGAACCCUGAAAAGACUGAAAGAUCUGUUUUGAUUUAUGGGAGUGGGAGAGCUGUUUCCAUUCCCAGUGUGUCCGUUUAGUGCUGUUAGGACAGUCUUUAAUAUCCUCAUGUUUCCUUAAAAUGUCACUGGAUGAAAUGCUCUUGCCAGUGGCCUCCAUAUGGCUAGAAUUUGGAUGUUGUGAGUGGUGCAAAUGAAUGCUGUGAAUGCAGAGCAAAGAUGGUGAGAGGUUUUUGGUUGUUUGGUGGUUUGUUUUGUUUGGUUUGGUUUAGUUUUUUAAUGUGGAAAAUAAGUGGUUCAGUAUCAUUGAAAGGUUUGACGUCAUAAUUUGUGCCAAUUCCUGCAGCAUUUAUGCACCAUUUUAUCCUGGUUUUCUUGCCCUGAAAGGUAACUUUAAUUCUCUGGUAAUAAAAUGGUUUUCAGAAAAACUGUGCAUGUGGUGUUAUGAUGCCUGUGUAUUAUGGCUUAUAAUACCUGUGAGAAUCCUCAUUACUUCACUCCUAUUUAUUGUAACUUUGUGCCAAAGAGUUUCCUCAUAGCUAU